AUGUCGAAAUUUGAUCAACUGGUGCGAGUUCAAACUGACCGCAUUGAGUCUUUGAAGCGCUUGUUCAGUAAUGUGAAAAAAGACUCGAGUGCGCGGAAAACGGAAAUAUAUUUCGAAAAACGUUUGAAUCAAAUCGACGAGUUUAACAAAGAAUUUCAUCAGGCGCAUCACACACUUAUAUGCAUGGCAGAGUACGAAGAAAGUGUGUAUAAGCUACAAAAUACAAUCAGCCAAUUCGAAGACCUAGGCAUGGAAGUUUACUGUUUCGUGGCCGAAGAAAAGAAACGAAUUUAUCCAGGCACAGUGACGCACAACGAAUCAGCUAACUCUACAAUAACAACACAUGUAGAGGAAGUACGGAUACCACUGCCAAAAUUACCAGUUCCGAAAUUCUCUGGCAACUGCGCGGACUGGCCAAGUUUUCAUGAUGCAUUUUUACGCUUAAUUCACAAUAAUGAGCGUCUGGAUAAGAUUCAAAGGUUCCAUUUUUUAAAGGAAGCAUUACCAGUAGGCCUGGACAACGACAUUCGCCAAAUCGCUUUAACUGAAGCAAACUAUGAAGUCGCUUGGACCACACUUCUACAACGAUAUAACAACCCACGAAUUGUGUUCGCCAGCCACAUGAACAUGCUCUACAACUUACCGAAUCUUUCGAAAGAAAAAUCUGCUGACAUACGGUCUAUGGUUAGUACAGUCAACGUCUGCAUUGCCGCUUGCAAUACCGUCAAGGCGCCACUACAGGGAGGAGAUUUUUGGCUGACUCAUUAUCUAACAACCAAACUACCCAAAGACACUCACACAGCUUGGGAGCAUCAUCUGGGCAGCAAGAUUGACGUUCCUUCAUACAAAGAUCUGCAACAGUUCCUCAAUGAUCGACUUGUUACGUUAGACGCUAUUGAAAGCCGUAACGCGUGCAGCGGCAUGAAACAGUCAAAUGAAACUUCAGACGGUACUAAACGCGUGCGUGUGCACAGCGCCCACACCAGAUCCAAGCGAAUCGAUAUCAUUUUUGGAGCCGACCUUAUGGCACAACUCUUGUUACCUGGAACUAAGAUUGGCUUGCCAAACGAACCCAUAGCGCAGAAUACUCAACUCGGAUGGGUUCUGUUAGGCAAUGUUGGCAACACGCAUAUUACACGCCACAUUCGAUGUAAUCAUGCCAUAAUAAACUCCGAAGAGCUGCUUAAGGUAUUUUGCGAGGUAGAAUCAGUUCCAGAACGCCCAAAGCUCUCCAAAGAAGAUCAAUGGUGCGAGUCUUUCUUUAAGCAGACCCAUCAACGUCAACCAGACGGCAGUUAUCAAGUCCGUUUGCCAUUCAAGAGGAACUUUGACCCCAGUAUGACGCUCGGAAAAUCUCAUCAGAUCGCCCUGAACAGAUAUCUUCAACUCGAAAGGCGCCUUCAAAGGGACCCAGACAAAUGGAUCAGAUACUGCAAAGGAAUUGAAGAAUAUUUUCAACUAGGUCAAAUCACGUUGGCAGAGACGAGCGAAAACUCAACCAUAACCACGGAUUCCUACGGUCGGCAUGUUGCAUCAUGCGUGCUACCACAUCAUGCAGUUUUCAAAGAAGAAAGCCUCACCACAAAACAACGUAUCGUUUUUGACGCAUCGGCCCGGACCUCAAAUGGCAGAUCGUUAAACGAUGUACUAUGUGUAGGUCCCACGCUGCAAAAUGAUCUGCCAGCCGUUCUCUUAAAUUGGAGACAAUAUCAGUUUGUUUUCACUGCCGAUAUACAACGAAUGUAUCGCUGUAUCAAUGUCCACCCUGAUGACACGCAGUACCAGAGGAUUUUAUGGCGGGCGGCGGAUGGAGUCAUCAAACAGCAUUGCUUAACUACCGUCACGUUUGGAACAGCGUCUGCACCUUAUACAGCUAUAAGAGUCAUCCAUCAAAUCGCUGAAGACACACAGACAAAAUAUCCUAUGGCAUCCAACGUUCUCAAAAAUGAGAUAUAUGUCGACGACAUUCUCUCAGGCGAUCAUUCACAAGAGGAAGCAAUACGGAAAAGUUUGCAAACUAUGCUAGCUUUAAAAUCCUCUGGCAUGGAGCUACGAAAAUGGGCUAGUAAUGACCAGGAGCUGAUGGCAACGAUACCUCUCGAGCAUCGAUGCAAGCAGACAUCCCUCAGUUGGGACAAUGCGGACACCAUCAAAACACUGGCAAAGAUUAUAUUGAAAGAAAUUACACUAGCGAAGCAAUAUCGCGAGGACGGAUCGAGUACAUCACUGGAUUGGGAUGAGCCAGUUCCCAACACCAUUGCCGUCAAAUGGCAACAAUUUCGACAGCAACUAAUGAAGGUUAACACGAUCAAAAUACCACGCAGCGUCAAAUUUACGCCACUAUUUAGUAGUGAGAUACAACUGCACACCUUUUGCGAUGGAUCCUCCAGUGCUUACGCAGCAGCAGUGUAUGCACGCACCCAACAGUCUGAUGGGACUUUCUAUACCACUCUCAUCGUCGCAAAAUCAAAAAUUUCGCCAACCAAGCCGUUAACAAUACCGCGCACUGAGCUAUGCGGUGCAGUAUUAGCUACCAAACUCACCAAAUGGGUGCUGGAGAAUAACCGAUGGACCAAUGCACAUAUAUCUACCUUUUACUGGACCGAUGCUACCAUUGUUCUGCACUGGAUUAAAGGAGACAUUACUAGGUGGAAAACGUUUGUAGCCAACCGAGUGUCUUACAUUCUCGACCACACCUCAGCGGCUCAGUGGCACCACAUAGACACAUCGGAAAACCCAGCAGAUUGCGCAACCAGAGGCUUACCACCGAGCCAAAUACCUGAUAUUUGGUGGCAUGGCCCAUCCUGGCUAUGCAAACCACACAAUAUUUGGCCAAACACGCAAUCACAAUUGCUCAAUCCAGAAGAACGGGAUCUGGAGGCCAAAUCCAUAAAAAUUAGAGCCUUCACUACCUUGUCAGACACAAAGGAUUCUAUUAUUGACCGAUUCUCGUCGUAUACAAAACUGCUACGUGUCACGGCAUACAUGUUACGAUUCUGCCACAAUGCUCAUGCUCGAGCACAACGAAGUCACGGAUCACUCUCUCCUGACGAGCUGGAUGAGGCCCUGUGCUGCAUAGCUCGCCUUGCACAAUCCGAUACAUUUCACGCCGACAUCCAAGCGCUUAAAAGGAACAAGCCGUUACCACCCCGUAGCACACUUUCAAAUCUUACACCGUUUCUUGACAACAAUAUCUUGAGGAUUCGUGGCCAUUUGGUAAUUCAACACUCUCAUCAGCUCACUCUACAUGGCGGCGCUCAAUUAACACUGGCUCACAUACGCUACAAAUUCUGGAUUCCCAGAGGCAGACAAGCAGUCAGGCGAAUCAUCCGGAAAUGCGUCACAUGUUUUAAGGUAGCUCCAGUCGUAGCGAAGCAAUUGAUGGGUGACUUGCCAUUACAUCGAGUCAACCCCCCAACUCGUCCGUUCAUUACAACAGGAGUUGACUACACUGGUGCGAUUGAACUUCAAGCCGCGCGUGUACGAGGAUCAACCACCUACAAAGGCUAUGUAGCCAUUUUUAUAUGCUUAGCAACCAAGGCGGUCCACUUGGAAGCCGUCACUGGACUUUCAACAGAGCACUUCCUGCAAGCAUUUACGCGAUUCACCGGACGUCGAGGACAAGUUCAACAUAUGUAUAGUGAUAACGGCACAAAUUUUGUUGGCGCGAGUACAUCGCUUAACCAGCCCAUCACUUGCAAGGCAGCCCUAAACGAAUCGACAUGUCAACAUGGGACAAGGUGGCAUUUCACACCUCCAUAUUCUCCCAAUUUUGGUGGCAUCUGGGAGGCAAACGUGAAAGCAAUGAAGCAUCAUCUUAAACGGAUCGUCGGCAGCCACAAGCAGACGUAUGAGGAGCUUACUACAGUUUUGAUCAGGAUUGAAGCAUGUUUGAACUCACGUCCACUUUGCCCGCUAACCGCCGACCCUGACGAUUUAGAAGUACUAACUCCAGCACAUUUCUUAAUUGGUGACGCACUACUGGCACCGCCACAAGGUCGGCCGAAUAAUAAGCCUUUGCGUGAACUAUUUCUCGCACAACAACACAUGACGCGACAAUUCUGGUCCCAAUGGUCUCGUGAUUGGUUAUCACACUUGCAAACUCGGCCAAAGUGGUGCCAAAUCAAAGAUAAUCUUAGCAUCAACGACUUAGUCAUUAUAAAGGAUGAUAAUCUACCACCAGCUAAAUGGACUAUAGGCCGAGUCGUCGAACUGCACCCUGGAUCGGACUCGCUAGUCAGAGUGGUUACAUUAAAGACGAAAUCUGGCAUUCAAAAGAGGGAUCAAGAAUCACAAGGAGCCUUCAUGCUGGACGACGCAUUGGCGGGCGGCAUGUACGGAUUAUGA